GUCUCCGGUCCAGCUUGACGCAGGCGGCGCAGCCAGGCUGGGAGCGAGCGGACCCGCGGCUGCUGCCACCUCAACAUGGAGUAGCGAGCUCGCAGCGUCUCACUAACCAGCGGAUCCCACCAGAAGAGGAAUACGAGACCGGGGGCCUGCGUGUCGAUUCAGCCGCCGAGGAGCCCCGCCAAUGAUACAGCGGCGGGUGUUUGUUUUUUUCGUUCACUCUUAGGAAAGCUCGGCUUUUUAUUUGAAAGAUGGCGAACGACUCUCCAGCUAAAAGUCUAGUAGACAUAGACUUGGCUUCAUUGCGGGAUCCAGCUGGGAUAUUUGAAUUGGUGGAGGUAGUUGGAAAUGGCACCUAUGGACAAGUAUACAAGGGACGUCAUGUCAAGACUGGACAGCUGGCUGCCAUCAAAGUCAUGGACGUCACAGAGGAUGAAGAGGAGGAAAUUAAACUGGAGAUCAACAUGCUGAAGAAGUAUUCCCACCACCGAAACAUAGCCACCUACUACGGCGCGUUCAUUAAAAAGAGCCCCCCGGGACACGAUGACCAGCUCUGGUUGGUGAUGGAGUUCUGUGGAGCUGGUUCGAUCACAGACCUGGUGAAGAACACCAAGGGGAACCAGCUGAAGGAAGACUGGAUCGCCUACAUCUCCAGAGAGAUCCUCAGGGGUCUUGCCCACCUCCAUGCUCACCACGUCAUCCAUCGUGACAUCAAGGGCCAGAACGUCCUGUUGACCGAGAAUGCUGAAGUCAAACUAGUGGACUUUGGCGUGAGCGCUCAGCUCGACCGGACAGUGGGGAGGAGGAACACCUUCAUCGGGACCCCUUAUUGGAUGGCACCUGAGGUCAUCGCUUGCGACGAGAACCCAGACGCCACGUACGAUUACAGAAGUGAUCUGUGGUCUUGCGGUAUCACAGCUAUUGAAAUGGCUGAAGGAGCGCCACCGCUUUGUGACAUGCACCCGAUGCGUGCGCUCUUCCUCAUUCCAAGAAACCCUCCUCCUAGACUCAAAUCUAAAAAAUGGUCCAAAAAGUUUUUCAGCUUCAUCGAGGGCUGCCUGGUGAAAAACUACACGCAGCGCCCCCCGACAGAGCAGCUGCUCAAGCACCCCUUCAUCCGAGACCAGCCCAACGAGAGGCAAGUCCGCAUUCAGCUCAAAGACCACAUCGACCGCACCAAGAAGAAGAGGGGAGAGAAGGAUGAGACUGAGUACGAGUACAGUGGCAGUGAGGAGGAGGAAGAAGAUCCUCCAGAGCAGGAGGGAGAGCCCAGUUCUAUUGUCAAUGUGCCAGGUGAGUCAACUCUGCGCCGCGACUUCAUCCGGCUGCAGCAGGAGAACAAGGAACGUUCAGAAGCGCUCCGCCGCCAGCAGCUCCUCCAGGAGCAGCAGCUCCGGGAGCAAGAGGAGUACAAACGCCAACUACUGGCCGAGAGGCAGAAACGUAUCGAGCAACAGAAGGAGCAGAGGAGGCGGCUGGAGGAGCAACAGCGUCGCGAACGGGAGAUGAGGAGGCAACAGGAGCGCGAGCAGCGUCGCCGCGAGCAAGAGGACAAGAGACGUAUAGAGGAGAUGGAUCGUCGACGUAAGGAAGAGGAGGAACGUCGGCGGGCCGAAGACGAGAAGAGACGGAAUGAUCGCGAACAGGAGUACAUCAGGCGUCAGCUGGAGGAGGAGCAGAGACACCUGGAGAUGCUGCAGGAGCAGCUGCUCCGUGAACAGGCCAUGCUGCUGGCUGACGAGCGGUACCGUAAGAACAUUCAGGGCUCCCCUCAGACCGCCCCUCCUCCCAAGCAGCCCCCUCUGCCUCCCCGCUCCUCUGAACCGUUCUCCAAUGGCGGCUCCUCCUCCGAGGCCUCCGCCAUGCACCGGCCCAUGGAGCCUCAGGUCCAGUGGUCCCACAUGGCCGCUCUAAAAAGCAGCAACAGCGCCGCCCCCUCUCCUCCUCCUCCUCCUCCGCCCGUGGUCUCUCGCUCCCAGUCCUUCAGCGAGCCCGGCGGCGUGACCUCUAGCUUUGCACAACUCCACCUGCGUUCCCAGGAACCCCACCAUCACCACCACCAACACCACCACCCAUCGCCCGCACGCACUGACCCCCAGCCCCAACCUCCCCUCCACCACCCUCAGGGCCACACUAGGGCCGAACACCAGGCCAGCAGCGAGGAGGUACCUCCCAAGGUCCCGGUGAGGACAACAUCCAGGUCUCCGGUGCUGUCACGCCGGGAGUCCCCUUUGCCAUCACAGCCCAGCAACCAGGGUGGACAGAGGAACGCUGGCAGUAAUGUGGAGCAGCGUCCGCUGUGGGACCGAGUGGAGAAGCUGCAGCCUCGGCCGGGCAGCGGCAGCUCCUCCGGCUCCUCCAACUCUGGAUCCCAAGCCAGUCCUGGAGACCGCUUCAGGCCACGCUGUGAGUCCCCUGCUUCCUCCAAAUCUGAAGGGUCGCCUCUCCAGCGGCCUGAAAACGUUCCCAAAAAACAAGAUGAAAAGAACCUUGCCAGACCUACUCGACCAGCUGGUGACGCGGAUCUGACAGCUCUAGCGAAGGAGCUCCGUGCCGUAGACGACGUGAGGCCUCCCCACAAGGUCACCGACUACUCCUCCUCGAGCGAGGAGUCGGGCACCACUGACGAUGAAGAUGAAGAGGAGGUGGAUCAGGAGGCGGGAGACGAGUCCACCUCCGGAGCUGAGGACUCGAGGGCUGGAUAUCUUCACGGCUUCUGCAGGAGGCUGAGUAACGGGGAGACGGAGUCCGCUAAGACCAUGCUGGUUGAGGACUCGGAGAGCGACCAAGCCAUCACGCCCUCCAAGGAUGGCACGCUGGUCAUCAGACAGAGCACCGUUGACAUAAAGCGGUUGGUCAAUCUCUCAUCCUCAUCUUCCUCGGCUGGCCCUGGCCACGGCCACGACCAGCCCCAACCCCUCGGCCACGGCCUGCCAGAGAAAAACGGCUUUGCAGGCCGCAUACACCACCUACCAGACCUUAUCCAGCAGAGCCAUCACUCCCCUUCCUCUUCCACAACCAUCCCUUCCUCCUCCUCCUCGUCCUCCUCCUCUUCCUCCUUCCCCUCAUCAUCUAGCUAUGCCAGUCCUGCCAUGUCCCCACAGAACCCCCUGGACAAGUUCACUGCCAUCGAGUCGCAGUCGGAAAGCAACUCCAUGUCCAAACACAAGUCUUCCUCUUCCUUCACUCCCUUCAUCGACCCCCGCCUGCUCCAGAUCUCUCCAUCCAGCGGCAGCUCCCUCAACAACAUGGCAGGAUUUGGGCAGGACGGACGGCUGGCGGACCCGCUGAGGGCCGACCCGUCCCGCAAAGGCUCAGUGGUCAACGUCAACCCGGUUAACACGCGCCCGCCGAGCGACACGCCAGAGAUUCGCAAGUACAAGAAGAGGUUCAACUCUGAGAUCCUGUGUGCUGCACUCUGGGGAGUGAACCUGCUGGUGGGGACAGAGAGCGGUCUGAUGCUGCUGGACCGAAGCGGUCAAGGGAAGGUCUACCCCCUGAUCAACAGACGACGCAUCCAGCAGAUGGAUGUCCUGGAAGGACUCAAUGUCUUGGUCACUAUAUCAGGUAAAAAGAACAAGCUGCGAGUUUAUUACCUGUCGUGGCUGAGAAACAAGAUUUUGCACAACGACCCUGAGGUGGAGAAGAAGCAGGGUUGGGUUAACGUGGGCGACCUGGAGGGUUGCGUCCACUACAAAGUCGUGAAAUACGAGAGGAUUAAGUUUUUGGUGUUGGCCUUGAAGAACGCGGUGGAGGUGUACGCCUGGGCACCCAAACCCUACCACAAAUUCAUGGCCUUUAAGUCUUUCGGUGACCUGGUGCACAAACCUCUGCUGGUUGACCUGACUGUGGAGGAAGGUCAGAGGUUAAAGGUCAUCUACGGCUCCUGCUCAGGCUUCCACGCUGUGGAUGUGGACUCCGGCGCUGUCUACGACAUCUACCUGCCCACACAUAUCCAGACCAGCAUUCAGUGCCAUGCCAUCAUCAUCUUGCCCAACACUGACGGGAUCGAGCUGCUGGUUUGUUACGAGGACGAGGGCGUGUACGUCAACACCUACGGACGCAUCACCAAGGAUGUGGUGCUGCAGUGGGGAGAAAUGCCAACUUCAGUGGCCUACAUUAGGUCGAACCAGAUCAUGGGCUGGGGUGAGAAGGCCAUAGAGAUCCGCUCAGUUGAGACGGGACACCUGGAUGGCGUCUUCAUGCACAAGAGAGCCCAGAGACUCAAGUUCCUGUGCGAGAGGAAUGACAAGGUUUUCUUUGCCUCCGUGCGUCCUGGAGGAGCCAGCCAGGUGUAUUUCAUGACCCUGGGACGCACUUCUCUUAUGAGCUGGUAGUCGAUAUCCCACCACACCAGCCGACGCGACGAUCCCAAACCGAAGCGGAGACAAACAGAUGACGAUUGUGACUAUGACCAAUGACGACGAAGAAGAGAAUCGCCUUGAGCCUGAGACCCCGAGGGGGACGGCUUCCUCUCACCUGCUCGGGCGAACAAACCGAUUGGACUGUAACCAUGAAAAGAAGCGAGAGGGAGAGCAUGGUUGUGUGUUCUGUGUGGGGUGUGAUCUGUUUGUGUUGCGUCGUCACAAGUCACACCGAGUGUACUAUUAACCAAUAUUACGACAACAGAAAACCCCCCACCAGCCUCCAGGUUUUUCUCACCUAACUUCCCCCACCCUCCCGCUGCCCAACUUUUGAGCCGAUCCCCUGCUCCUCUUCCUCUGCAGGACGUGGGAUCUGUUGCUUGUCGAUGGUAAAUCUUUAUGUGUCAUAGUAAAACUUUGCAUCGUGUACGUGUGUUGAACGGAGGAAAAACACUGAGCAUGUAACCAACGGGACGAUAACGAGGCUAAACGCAGCCUCUUUUUUUUUUUUUUGCCGCAUCAAAGAAGGCGAAUACUGUUAACGUGCCACACCUCGAGUGGAGCUGUUCCGUAGCUGCGUUUAGUCCAGAUCCCGUUCAGGUAAAAAUUAACUCUUAUUCCCACCACGGUAGAUUUUCACGUCAAGCAUGUCGUUUAACACUAGUUCACAGUUUUCCUCCCUUAAAUAACGCUUGACAUGUAAAUCUGCCUCUGUGUCUUCACUUUUUUUGCCUUCUCCUCCUUGAAGUGAAGAUUAUUUUUAAGGGACCUUCUUGAUAAAUCCAUUAAAUACAGGGUACUGGAUACUAACUACAUCAACCUCGUGGGCUUCAGACUCUCCUGGGUUUUACAGACACUUUUCUCGACUUUUACCGCAUUGCCUCGCGUACUGUAGGUCAUGUCGGACAGAAGUAGCCCUGUUUAUGACAGCAUGUUGCUUUGGUGUUGACACAAUUAGCCCCGGUUUUUUCAUACACUGUAUAUUUUGUAUGUGACUUGCUGCACAUAAAUAAAGCAUAAGGACGCAGGACACACCCAUAGAUGAAUUUUAAAGGAAAAAUCCACACAGUGUAUCUUCAGUCUGUGAUGAAUUGUUGCAAUUUUGGCUUCUCCUUAAUCUUAUUUGUCGAUUCCGGUUGCUCAUUUUCACGUGGCCUCUGUCUGCAGAUUCUGUCGCUCUACUGGAAACAUUAAAAACACACGCCACCAAAAACCCCAAAACGGACCCAGAAAUGUGAGCUGCAUUACCAAAAGCUUGUUGUUUUUCAUGUGGAUUUUUCCUUUAAGGGUCAGUCAUAAGUAGGGCUAGGAUAAACUGUGAAUUAGACAUGCAGAAUUAGCAGGUGGCCAUUAAGGUAGCAUGGAGGCCAGUGGGCAGAAGUGACAAGUGAGGGAAGGAAGUGUGCACAGAGCGAGAGGCUCUGAGAAGAAACUUUGAACAUCACACUCCUCUAAGUGGGAGGAAAUCAGCUGAUUGUCCUCCAAUUGUUUCAACGUUUGAAGCCCCGUUUCACACCCACGAUCAUCCGACUUAUUGUAUUUUGAGACUUGUGCUUCAUGUUUAGCUGAACGGUUGCCUUAGUAGGGUCCCCAGCUGAUUUAAAGCUGCUCAAAAUCCUCUGUAGGUUUUUGGACAAGUUAAAAGUGAAGACGGUUGGAUUUUGGGUACUGUUGGAAGAAUCUGAAUCUUUGGACCUCUGUCGGUUUGCUUACUCAUUGCAGAGACAAAUACGCAACUUAAACUGGAUCAUUACUUCAUCCUAGAAAUGAAUUUUUUUUAAACAAAUGACAAGGCUUCAUGUUAGACUCACUCCGUUUUAAAUCGUAGAAUCCAUCCUGCAGCUGUAUGAAGGAGAAAACCCCGGUUUCUCUCUUCCACCUGAACUCGUCUCUUUGAUCCUGCUCUCAGCGACGGCGGUGCCUUCACUGUCCGAGGUGGAGCGGCAGAGACGCUUUCACUUGUCUUGAUCAUCUGUGAAAAAGCAAAGAAGGCAAAAAGUCACACGUUCUAAUAGCAGUGUUACAAAACCACUCCAGACGGCGUGAACUAAGCGGCAUAUUUUUAACUCUGACUUAGUUUUUAGUCUUGUUUCUGCAAUUUUUAUUAUGUAACCCUUCAGAUAAGUAUGAGACUGCAGUGGUUUUUAAAUUGUAAUGCACACCUUAUGUUGAAAAUGUUUACAGAAGCAAUUGUUUUGUUAAACCAAUGUGCAUCGAUAUGAAUAUUUAUGGUUUAUUUUGAGGGCAGUUUUUCCCUGUUUUUUGUAUUUUGUAUUAUUCCCUUUUUGUACUAUCAUUUAGACGUUUGUGUACAGGAAUAAUCAACUUCUGCUCAUGAGUUACACAAGUCUAGAGUGUGAUUUCACUGAUUCCUCUCCAUCCUGCAUCGUGCACAGUGUGCCCCUGGCUGCAUGGCAGCGUGGAUCAAAUGUUUUCUACCACCCACCCAGGUGCCAGGUGACAUGUUUCCCCUCAGACGUCUCUCUGCCAUGCCUCUCUAAUUUAUGUCCUCUCUGUGUGUGCUAUGGGAAUUACUGUAUUUUCCUGAAGGUCUUUUUUUUUCCAUUGAAUAAAAUCAGAAGUAAUUUACA